UUUUUCUUCUUUGACUAAUAGAAAGAGAAGUUGAGACAGCCAGGAAGCUUUGGUUUCGUUCUUCAAGCAAUAUCACUUUACAUAUUACAGAGAGCAUUUGAAAGGGAAAGAAAAACAAAACAGAUAAUAGAGAGAUAAAAUGAGAGCAAUAAAAUAAAUACAGUGGAUAGCCUACACAUUGGUGGAGUUUACUGGACCAGACACAGUCUGACAUCAGUAGAGAGCGACAGAGAGAGUGAGGUGUGUAGCUGUAGUGAAGUGUAACUCUACAUUGAUUUACUGCAAGUACUUACAAGAUUCAAACAAAGACAUUUGUUUGAUUGUAGGAAACCAUUUAAGGCGCUUAGAAAGACAGUCCGUGAAAGAGAAAGACAAGUGGAUUAAAACAAGUCCCUUCCAGACCAGACCAUGUUGAUAAAAGAAUACCGGAUAUGCAUGCCUCUUACUGUUGAUGAGUAUAAAAUCGGCCAGUUGUAUAUGAUCAGCAAGCACAGCAGUGAACAAAGCGGAGGAGGUGAAGGGGUGGAGGUGGUCCGUAAUGAACCUUGCACAGACCCCACAUGCGGAGAUGGUCAGAUCACAGAAAAACGCAUCUACCUUAACAGCAAACUGCCUGCAUGGAUGAGAAGGUUUGUUCCCAUGGCUUUUUAUGUGACUGAAACGGCUUGGAAUUUUUACCCUUACACCAUGACAGAGUACACAUGUUCCUUCCUACCGAGAUUCCAAAUCAGGAUAGAGACGCGCUUUGAGAAUAACAACGGGAGCACAGAAAAUGUGUUUGGCGAUAACCCCACCCCAGAGGACAGUGUCUGCUUUUUGGAUAUAUUAAGUGAUCCAAUCCCAGACAAACAUUAUAAGCAGUCAGAGGAUCUGAGCAACUGGGUGUCAAAGAAAACAGGCAGGGGACCCCUAGUGGAUGGCUGGAGGAACACCAACAAACCUAUUAUGUGCUCCUACAAGAGAGUCACCUGUAGUUUUGAGGUCUAUGGUUUACAGGGAAGAACAGAGGAGUUUGUUCACAGGAACAUUCGUGAUGUUCUUUUGGUGGGACACAGACAGGCAGUGGCAUGGAUUGACGAGUGGCAUGGAAUGACACUUGAAGAGGUGAGAGAAUAUGAGAAAAACCUGCAGGACGAAACCAACAGCAAACUGAAGAGUGAUAUUAACUGUACAGAUUCAGCUACUCCAAUGCGCCCCAACUUCACUCGCUCCAUUUCUGUCACGGAUGAAUCAUCACUAAAAAAGAUGGGACUAAAUACUGUGGACAUUGAAGACUCUUCAUCCUGCCCAUCCUCUACCAAAAGUCCUUUGAGAUUAAACUCUACCCCGGAGUAACACCCCUCAACCCGUCUUCCCACCAUACCCCUCAAUAACUCUACAAAUCUGGAUUUAUCAGCACCAUUGCCAGUACUACCAGUACAUCUUGAAAUCGUUUUUGAGAUCUUUUAUCAAAAUUCUCUUGACUUGAACUUUCUCUUCCCUGAUCUAUAAAACUAAAAGGAAGACAUUCCACAUUGUCUACUACAAA